CAAAAUAAAACUUGUAGUUAUGAGUCCUUGUUAUCUUUUCUAUGUAAUAUUUAGGCCUAAAUUGUGUUAAUUUAUAUUGUUUUUGAGUGAUUUAUAAGUUAUUUAUAUUAUUUAUAAUGGAAGAAGAUCAAACUGUGUCUGUGUCAAAGGGUGUUUUUGUAUUUAAAAAUGGCAUUAAAGCUGGAUCUAAGAAGUCAAAGAGCAAGAAAAAAGUUGGUACAUCCCUACAUUUACUAUCAGAAAACCCGUGGUAUAAAUCUUACGAAACCUUAUGGACUUCACUCGAAGAACAAAUAGAUGGGUUAAAUAGCGAAAUGUUUUCAUCUGUACUGGGAAGUUUGGUCGAUUUUGUCGGCGAGUCUUACAGAUUCGAUGUCGACGAAGUGCCCACAGCUGCUUUACUUACAGGUAUUAACAUGCCCGAUCAUAAAGCCCAAUUUACAUCUCUAGCGAAGCAACUAAAAGACAAUGUUACUGAACAUGUUGCUUGUUUAUAUGCACAGGACUGUCAGAAUAUUAAAUAUCUUGUUGAUAAUUUGAUAAACCAGUUUGUUAAUGAGGAUAGAUGUGAUAGUGAUGAGGAUGACAUGGAAGUAGUAGAUAAGCCCCAAAGAAUAAAAAAAAGUCUGUUCAGCCUUCAGCUGCUUCAAGGCUGGUAUGAAGAACUGUAUUUAACUGAAACACCCAAAGUAGAAAUUAAAAAAGAAAAAUGUAAAAACAAGAAAAAAGUUUUGGUUGUUAUUAUACCAGAUUUUGAGGCGUUCAAUCCGGAAGUUUUGCAGCGUUUUAUAUUAAUUGCGUAUUCCUACAUAAACGUUUUACCAAUUGUAAUUGUUUUGGGUAUAGCAACAUCUUUGUCAACUCUGCACACUUCUUUGCCAUAUCAUGUGUCAUCGAAGGUUAGCGUACAAGUGUUUCACUCGAAACCUUCAACAGAAUAUUUAAAUAAAGUCCUGGAGGAUGUUUUUUUUACUUUGGAUUGUCCUUUUCAAUUGGGCGGAAAAGUUUUUAAUUUAUUUGUUGAUAUUUUUUUGUUCUAUGACUUUUCUGUAAGUGGAUUCAUUCAAAACAUCAAGUAUGCCAUGCUGGAACAUUUUAGUUAUGGCAACGCCAUGUCCUUAUGUUCUGAGUCGAAGAAAGAAAUAAAACAACUUAUAAAAAAGUUCAAACAUGAAGAUUGUGAAAAUACUAGAAGACUUUUGUCUUUCAGAAAAUUGGUGGAAAGUGAAAGUUACGAAAAUCGAAUAAAACUUCUCACGGAUGAUGACUAUUUUAAAAUAGUUUUGGAGGAGGAAGUUUUUAAGCUGAGAAAAUAUAUCAGGAGAUUGCAUAUUUUUCUUAAAGCACUUUGGAUUUUGGUAUGUGAUCUGCCAAAGGCACCUCUGGGAAAACAUUUAAGAGAAAUUUACUCGGUGGGGACCUCUCAGAGCAUAACAAAAAGUCAGGAAUACAAGGAAUGUUUUCAACUGCUCAAUUUUCAGUCGAAAGAAGAGCUUUGCAGAAAAAUUGAGAGGGUGAUUAUGAAUGUGGGCAGUAUAGUGAAUGUUUCGUAUAAUAAACCAAACAAACUGCAAGAAUUUGUAAUCAACUUGAAGGCGUAUUUAAAUGAUAUGGAUGUGGAAAAUAAUGAAGAAGUAGAUGUUGAAAUUUUAACGGACGUUACUAAUAACAUGGAGGAGCCGGAAAUAUCCGGGCAGAUGGAUAGAAAACAAUUAAAAGAGAAAUUGUUGGGGAUGUCUAAACAAACCUCAAAACAAAUGAACAGAUAUGAGCAAAUAAGGCAAUCCCUUUUAAAUUAUUUAUCGGAAACAUUUGAAAUUUAUUUAACCAAACCUUCUUCAAUGUACUUCCAUGAAAUUUGUUUUUUUAACGAUAUUUCCAUCAGAACUCACAUUAUUGGUGAACAUAGGGCUGCAAUACACUCUGCUCUAAAUAAUCCACAUCAUUACUUACAAUGUAAUUGUUGUGAUUUCCCCGAAACCGCAAUAAGAUCUUGUAUGCCUGAUAUUUCAAUUGCAUACAAACUACAUUUGGAAUGUGGAAAAUUAAUAAAUUUGUAUGAUUGGCUGCAAGCCUUUGUAAGCAUUAUAGAUCCUUAUGAUGAUGAUGAGGAUGAUGCCAAAAGAAUUAUUCACCCUGAAUUACAAGCUCGUUUUACUCAGGCAGUUCAAGAAUUGGAGUUUCUUGGCUUCAUCAAAAGUUCCAAAAGAAAAGCUGAUCAUGUCACCAGAACAACAUGGGGAGGUUGAUUUUACAUAUCCUAGUGUUUCCUUUUUAUUUAUUGUGUUGUAAUAAAUUAUUUUUUACUUUUUUUAUGUUUUUUUAUUAUUUUGUUAAAUUAAACAAUUUGUAUAGUGG